CCUGCAAGAUACUGUUGCAGUCCACCGUUAAUUUAGAGCUAUAAAUCACAAAAUGUACUUCUACGCUAUUAGGUUACCUAUUUAUUGUUAUUGUUAAAUUGCUCAUGUAACUGUAUAUUUCUCCUGCAAUGGAUGGCUGUUUAACAGCUAUACCUUUAUUUGAAGAUUUUCAACAUUAAAGUGGGGGAAAGUGGCAAAAAUUGAAGAGGCAAAUACAUUUUCACAGUAGUAUAGAUACAAGAGUUAUCCCUUGAAAGAAAGUAUAUUUUCAAGUUUCAAGCUACAUACUCAUAAGUAUUCCGUCAAUGUAACGCCCGUUUGUUUUCCCUCCUUCUGGUGCAUGACAUGCGCACAGAGAGCCGCACGAUGGCAACCCCACUCCCAGACACCGACACGCGGAGAAGACAGAAACCGGCAGACGCCGGGAUGCGAGCGACCCAGUCCGGGGGCGGAGGGAGCUGCAGCGUGCCCCAAGCUCGAGCUACGUCCAUUCAAUGAGUACGGACAGCGGGCUCGUAGAUUUACGGCGAAAUACAUCGAGGGGGUCACGCUCGGCUCGUUCGGUUUGAUUUGCAGGCGUCCGCGGUCGAACAUGCGCCCCGCGCCGAGCCUCCAGUCCAGCGGGCUGACGCUCUCCGAGAUCAGCGUCGGUUCAUCAAGGCCGCAACGCGUCACUGCAGGUUCUUUUAAGAGAAGGAAGAGGAAAUCCAUCAUCGUCACGGUGAUGCUGCUCAUCGUAUCCUUGCUCAUCCUCAUCUUCGGCCUGGCAGCGACGACCAGAACGCAAAACAUCACAGUGGGCGGCUACUACCCAGGACUCAUUCUUGGCUUCGGCUCUUUCCUGGGAAUCAUCGGCUCCCAUUUGAUAGAGAACAAGAGGCAGAUGUUAGUGGCUUCUAUUGUCUUCAUCAGCUUUGGAGUGGUGGCUGCAUUCUGCUGUGCUAUUGUAGAUGGAGUUUUUGCUGCCAGGCACAUUGAUCUGAGGCCUCUGUAUGCUGGGCGCUGCGACUACCACUCCAGCGAGACUGCGUCUGAGCGCGAUGUGCCCUGCCAGACGUCUCGCACGUCCUGCAACCUGCGCGUGAGAAGCAACACAUGUUACUGCUGCGACCUGUACAACUGUGGCAAAGAGCAUCCUCUAAUGGGACUUCAGAAUAGAGAUGGUUUGAAAAAGUUUAAGAAACCAUCCAUGAUUUGGAACCGCGUGGAGGUGGUGGGCGGCUACCACGAGUACACGGACGUGAAGAGCUGCCAAGACGUGGUGCACCUCUACCACCUGCUCUGGUCGGCCACCAUCCUCAACAUCGUGGCUCUCUUCCUGGGCAUUAUCACUGCUGCAGUGCUGGGCGGCUUCAAAGACAUGACACCUGCUCAUACAUCAGAAAGUAUGUCAGAACCAGAGGCCAUCACAGCUUCAGUCGCCUCUGAGGCUCCACCACGCACUAACUCCAACGUCAACUCCUACUGCAAUAUCGCCUCCCGCCUGCCGCCUUACACGGCCUACGAUUCACAGGGUUCCUAUAUGUUCGCCGAUUCCUCCGGCCUGUCAGACGACUCCCAGUCCGGUGCCAGUCACCUGUGGCCCACCAUGGUCCCUCCGCGCUAUUCCCCACCUCACAACCAUCCGGACGACAAGCCGCCUCCUUACAGCCCCUAAGAGGGCUCAAACAUCGUCUUCAGGCCUCUCCGAAGGGACCAAACUGUGGAACCCCAGCAGCAGGGCAACCACUGCAGCAACUUUUGAGUUGAGCGCAACUUUAAGGUGAAAAAAGGUUGUGGGUACUGCUUGCAGCACACUGGGCCUGGACUGUUCAAGCGAACCCAGGAAAAGGGAAACCUGGUUACAGUUGUUCUGCCUUAACACAGUCUUCCAAUGCCACAGCGUUGUCAUCGUCAUCUUUUCCUAUGGUGUCCGCACUAAACAUAUCCCACUUAGAGCAGCAGUCCCCCAACAUUUUUUUCCGCCGCAGUUUCACAGAACUAUAUUAUUAUUUGGGCUGACAUAUAAACAAAAUUCAACACUGCAUUUGAAUGUACUUGUUUUAAUUAGUGCUUGUUUCUAUUCAAAAAGCUGGUUCCAAAUUUGGGUAAUGGGAGACAGACAAAUACUCGGUUACGAAGGACCAGUCCACGCCCUAAUUUUGUUUUAAUUGUUGUCAUGGCAGAAAAUCUCACUACAACAGGAUGUUGCAAAUGAAAAUUAUAAACUCCUGUCUCAUUCAUUUGUCCUUUUGCUAUUUAUGAAAAAGCUUUCUUUUUUUUUUUUUUUUGCUCGCUUGUGUGUUUUUAUACUACCAUAUCACAAUGACUGAGACAAGCAGUUUUACAUGUACAGAAUCCAAAUAAAACUUGAUUCAGACUGAUGAUCAAUAUAUUUAUGUGCAGCGUGAUAGGCUUACCAAAUGUCCCGCAGACUGGAGUUGUUCCAUGUCCCUGUGCUUGGGGAUCACUGAUUUUUUUGUCGCUAGCUUAUUGGAGUAACAAAUAAGAAAGUACCGGUAGCAGUGGCAAAUGCAGUAUUCUACAGGUAAAUUGUAUUUAAACACAGACCGUGGUGAUUUAUUACCGCAUUAAAAGACUAUAGUCUACGGAGCGAUGGUAUUCCACUCUAAACUAUUUAUUAAUAUAUGUUCUCACUUUAUGGUCCCCAGGAGAAACAAAAGACUCCAAAUGGUACCUCCCACUAUUUGAAGUUAGUCACAGUUUCACCAACAGUCCACGAGAUCAGAUGUGGUGGAAGAGUCAUUCCAAUACUCACAGGAAUGAGGAGAUGAAGAAACAUGCAAACCUUUGGUAAAAAUAUGACGAGAAUGAGAUAGGUCUUUGAAACUUGCCAGAUGUGUUGUUAGAAAAAACAGAUUCUCAGGGCUGCAGCGUCCCACUUCUUUUUUGUUUAAAGUUUGUUUCGUGCAUUCAACACAUUUGAUGUUCCUGUUACAACUUGCAUUUUGUUGUUGAUCCAGCCCCAGAUGUCUGAAACAAUACUGAGAGCCUCUCUAUAAAGCCUCAUCAUUAUUGAACACAUUCAUUUCAAAAGCAAAUGAAAAGAUAAACCUGUGCAAUCUUGUGAAAUCUACAAAUUGGCCGACAUGACGGUGGAUCGCUUUCACAUCCUGUAGUUUUGCUGAG